AUGGCAACGCAAGAACAAACCACAGACCCGACGCCAACAGCAUCACCAUCUCAAUCACUAUCACUACCAGUACCACUAUCACCAAAGCCAGAGCCAAAGCUACGUGCAAAACAAACCCAACCCACCCUCGCAACCCCCUUGGCUGCCCCAGCAGCCCCAGCAGCACCCCUCGACCGCCUCCUCACCCGCAUCACAACCCACCCAACCCUAACCCCCACCCGCCGGCGCAUCUACCGCACGCUCCUCUCCGUGCCCGCGGGCCGGUGGACGACGUACGCCGCGCUGGCGACGUACGUGGGCACGAGCGCGCGCGCGGUCGGCGGCGCGAUGCGCGCGAACCCGUUUGCGCCGGGGGUGCCGUGUCAUCGGGUGUUGGCGGCGGAUGGCUCGCUCGGGGGCAAGUCCAAGGGCAAAACCUAA